AUGGCGGAUCGUUUUCCCUCCUUGGAGGAGUUCGACUCCGGUGCCCAGACAGACAUCAAGGACCCUUCCGCAGAGCCCUCCGCAGACGACUUCCUUGCCCGUGAAAAGGCCCUUCUCGGAGACGAUGCCAACCAGUUUGCGACAGUAGAGGAUGCCGGCCUAGACGGUGACGACGACCUGCUUGGUGGCGGCGGUGCAUCUGGCGAGGCUGCUCAGUUUGAGAGCCAGUUCCCCGACAUCACCAGCCCCAACGAGGGCCAAGGCAUCACCGGACCUUCGGUCAGCUACAACUCGGGCUUCGGCGCCUACACCGAAGAGGAGGAGGAGCCGGAGGUGAUCAAGCUGUGGCGGGAGAAGCGGGAUGCCCAGAACGCCAAGCGCGCCGAGCAGUUUGCGCAGCAGCGCGACGAGACGGUCCAGGAGGCGCAAAAGAACAUUGACGACUUCUACGAGAACUACAACAACAAGAAGGACAAGGCCCUGGCCCAGACCCGGAAAGAGGCCGAGGAGUUCCUCGCCAAGCGCGAGGACACCACUUCGGGCGGCACGAGCUGGGAGCGCAUCUCCAAGAUUGUCGACGUCUCGGGCAAGGGUGCCAAGGGUGGUGCCGCCGGCUCCGGCAAGGAGCGUUUCAGGGAGCUGCUGAUGAGCCUGCGGAAGGAUGAGAAGGCUCCCGGCGCGGAUGGUUACUAG